UGGGCGGCCGUCUCCCCCGCGGCUGCCUCGUCGCCCGGGUCCCGCUACGCGGCUCCCACAUGCUCACAACUGCAGAGAAGGGAGGUCCCAAGUUUCUCAAACUUGGAAAAACAGUGUUUUGCGUGUCCUUCCCCCCGCCCUCGUGUUUUGUUUCUGUACAGUUGUGUCAGCAAGGAGUCCGCCCCUCGUCUCUGACGACAGUGCGGCUCAGAACCUUUUCGGGGUGUCACACGGAUGGACCUAUUAAACUCGUCUCAUAAAUAUCACUCAUUCAACGAAGUUUUGAGGAUUAAAGGCCCCAGGGGAACAGAAUGGUAGCAAAGAAAGAGCUUCAAAUGCGAUCCGUUUGCGCUUUGAAGAGAUCACUCUACCUUGAAAAGAAAAAUAAAAGACCGGAGGAAGCCGGAGAGGACCUGCUCCCUCAUUCAGGAGGGGACUGCGGGAGUCUUUGGACAGUGGUGCUGGUGGCGGAGGUGAAGAGAGGCAGCAAGGCUUGGCAGUGGAUAUAACCUGACUGUGUUUAUGGACAUCAUGAGUUACAUCAGCCAACAGGCUACUGCAGGGAACAGCAGGGAACCCAGCGCGCAUUCCUGGGGACCGCUCAAUGGACAAGUCUACGGCGGCGUGGAGACGCUGGGGAAGGAGCUCUUCCUGUACUUUGGGCCGAAAGCUUUGCGGGUUCACUUUGGAAUGAGAGGCUCCGUCAUGGUUAAUCCGCCUGAGUGCAGAAAUAAAAGUGGAGUUUCUCCCGUGCUGGAAAUACAACUCAGCCAGGAUUCGAUUUGUUUCUUGGACUCAUCGGUAGAACUCAGAAACUCGGCAGAAAGCCAACAGAGAGUUAGGAUGAUGGAAGAGCUGGACGUGUGUUCGCCCAAGUUUAGCUUCUCUCGAGCCGAAAGGGAAGUGAAGCGGCAGCCGGGACGGAUGCUCUGCGACGUGCUGAUGGACCAGCGAGUGCUGCCCGGCGUCGGCAACAUCAUCAGAAACGAAGCCCUCUCGGACAGUGGUCUCCACCCUGCUCUUAAAGUUUCUCAGCUGACAGGGGAACAGAUCCAUCAGCUGGUGGAAAGAACUCGUGACUUCAGCCUUCUUUUCUACAGGUGCCGUAAAGCAGGACUUGCUGUCUCCACACACUUUAAGGUUUACAAGCGUCCUAACUGCGGCCGGUGUGGCUGCCAAGUCACGGUGUGUCGCUUGGGGGAAAAUAACAGAAUGACGUACUUCUGUCCCCAGUGUCAGAGGGAAGAUCCUCAUCGUGCUGACGAGAGCAAGCUGCCAGCUAGAAACACCGAUUACAGCCGGACGUCCAGCCGACGGGAACAUCCCCUGGACGACGUGGCCACCAAAUGUGAGGAGCCCUGGGCAUGCUCGGCCUGCACGCUGAUCAACGCGCCUUCUUCCCAGGCCUGCGACGCCUGCCUGGCUGCAAGGCCUGCUGGGACGGCUGAGCUUGGACUUGGAAUUCACUCCUUUUCAAAGAGGCUUAAUUACAGCAUGUCAGACCCGGUGCCCAAGAUGGAAGGCAACCCCGCUGCCUUCAGCAGCCGGCUGAGGUUCCCCUGCAACAGCUUUGGGAAGCCGAGCACGGACCUGAAGGUCAACAGGAAAACGGCAUUUGGCACCACAACCCUCAUCUUGACCGAUUUCAGCAAUAAAUCCCGUCCUUCGGAAAGAACAAAAAGCCCAAACCGGAGGAUACCAGAUGGGCGGUUCCGAAACUCGCCUCCCUCUGCCGCCUGUCUGAGCGGCCGGCCUCGCCCCUCCGAGGGCGCAGGCAGCACAGCUCGGCCACCUGACGGCGAAGGCCCGCCACGCACCGCGUGCCCACAGCCCGCGCGGCUCAGUCCAGCCUGCGGAAAACCCGGAACAGCUCGCUGCUCACCGCCGGGCCCCCGGAGUCGCAGCCCUGGGCCUCCUAACAGCCACAGUGUCCGUCUCCUGGACAAGAUCCUGAGCAUGAGCUCCCAGCGUAGUAGCUUAGAGCAGGUGUCCACUCGGAGAAUCAUAACUGUAUGUUUAUCCAGCUGCUGGAUUAUAAGUGAACCUCAAGUGAACAGGACAGAUGGUGCCUGUGUGGCGGCUGGCAGCCCGCGCUGCGGCAAACACCACCUCCCCUGCGCCCUCCGCACCGUGAGCAAGGCCGGCGAGAACCGGGGCCGGCGCUUCUACGCCUGCCCUCUGCCCCGGGGGGCGCAGUGUCUGUUCUUUGAAUGGGCAGACCUGUCCUUCCCACUCUGCGACCACGGCAAGCGCUGCCUCGUGAGGACAGUGCUGAAGAUGGGACCUAACAACAGGAAGCGUUUUUUUGUGUGUCCACUUGCUAAGGAAAAGCAGUGCAGCUUCUUCCAGUGGGCAGCCAGCGAGCCGGGAGUCGACGUUACUCCAGGACGCUAAUAUGUUCUCCUUCCGAGGAGUAUCUGGCAGUUAAUCUCUUCAAACAACAUGCGGAUGCCCUUUAUUUUAAUAGGUUGGUUGUAGAAUUUCUAUGGCACAUUGUAAAGCUAUUGCAGCGUUUAAGAACUUCAUUUUUUUAUGCGGGCCGUCUUUGCAUUCUGUGGCCAUGUGUAUUUUUUGCGUUGAUGAAUGCUAUCGGCGUUUCAUCAACUGUACAGUGUAUUACACUUAGUAUGUAUAUUUAAUGUGUUUAUUAAUGACAAUAAAGUAUUUUUAGUAUA